AAAAAGAUUUGCAGGAAAAAGAAAAUAGCAAAAAGAAAAUGAGAGAAAGAGAAAGAAAGGGGUUAAAAGGAAAAAUCUGUGUUUCUGAGUAGGUGCCAAUGUCCUAUUAUCCAGAAUAAUUCAUAGGACGGCCCUGUGCGUGAAAGGGUUCUCGCGCCAAACAACAAUUUUCCCAUCAUCAUCAUCGUCAUCACAAUUCAUCAACUUCAUCAUCACUAUAAUAUAUAUGAAACUUGUUGUUACAUUACAACCUUAAAUAAAGAAAAACAACAACAUCAUUGCUACAUUUUCCAACAUUAUCUCAUAAUCAACAACAUUGUCAUACAUUUUUGUCAAAAAAAACAUUGUCACACGUUGUCUUUCUUUCAUUGAUCUAACAUCACGUGUGUUUUAUGUUCCUUUCCUUGGAUUGGUGGAUCCUUGUAACGUACCAAAAAUUAUACACAACAAAAUACCACUUUUGUGAAUCUUUGCAUUCACAUUUGGAAUUUCAGAAUUUUGAUUCUUCUUCCUACCUCCUUGGUGGGAAUUGAUGAAUUUGUGCAUGCCUUCAUGAAAGUGAUACAUAUAGCUGUAAUGAAAAAUGAUAGAUUUUUGGAUGAUGAAGGCAAUUUAGACAUUUUAUGGGCCUCGAUGUUACAAGAAGCAUAUGAAGCACGAUGGUAAUAAUUCAACAGUAUAUGGGUGUCAUAAAGUGUACUUUUUGCAUUGUUCUGGUUCUCAAUAUUGUAGCAGCUAUAAGCAUUGAAGAACACAAGGAAACAGAUGAAGAAUUCAUUAGCCAACUAUUUGAUCCUGCAUCUGGACUAUUGGAUGAGGAUACGGCAGAGAUGCUAUGGAUUACUUGCAAGGAAGAUUUGAUUCAUUUAAGGAAAGAUAUUGGAGAUCUUGGCUUAUGCAUACCAAAGGAAUCACCAAGUAGUACCAAUGAAAUCAGAUCAAUACCAAAAGAAGACAUACAAAAAUUGAUUAGUACUUGCAAUCCACAUUUGAAACAAAAUUUUCUUAACUGUUUGAGAAAAAACGAUGCUUAUGUGGGAUCGGUUUCAUCCAGAAGAUAUCUACGUCAUGUUUCGCCUCGACACUUAGGAGAAAAAAAAGACAAGAAAAAGAAGUCGAAAAAAGACAAGAGUAGUGAUCACAAGAAAACUGUUAUGCAUGCCAUAGCUAUAACUGCAUUGGUGACAUUUAUAUUUGCAGCAUUUCUCUUUUUAUGUUGUUGUGGAAGUGGUAGAGUUAGACAAACUGAUGAAAGGCCACUUCUCAGCAUGAGCAAGAGUGAUUACUCUGUUGGUUCUUCUUCAAAUAAUAACCCUUCAAAAAAUUCACUAAAUGAGGAGAAACAUGGUGUUCAAUCAAUAAGUAAUGCUUUUGUUGAUGAAAAAAAGAAUGCAAUGCAAGAAGAUGCUCCAAGACCAUCAUUUGACCUGAAACCUCCACCUGGUAGGGCAGGAAAUGGUAUUCCACCUUUGAAACCUCCUCCUGGAAGAUCUGAUCCUCUUUCAACUGAACCACAGUCAGAUAAGACUUCUGAUUUUGCCGUUAAAACUCCUCCGCCCCCUCCACCUCCUAGCAGUGGUGCCAUUCCUCCCACACCACCGAAGCCUAGUGGUGGCGGUCCUCCUCCACCUCCACCACCGAAACCUGGAAAUGGUGGUCCUAAGCCUCCUCCACCACCACCACCUGGUGCGAAACCAGGUGGUCCUCGUCCACCACCGCCUCCUAAGAGUGGUGUAAGAGCUCCUCCGCCAUUUGGCCAAAAGGGUCCUAGACCUUUAGGAUCAAAAGUUCAAGAAAAGGCUGUUGUUGGUUCAGAAGGUGAAGGUGAUAGUCAUAAAACUAAGUUAAAGCCUUUUUUUUGGGACAAGGUUCAAGCAAACUCAGAUCAAACUAUGGUUUGGAAUCAACUCAAAGCAGGAUCAUUCCAGUUUAAUGAAGAAAUGAUGGAAUCUCUUUUUGGAUAUACUCAACAGAAUGAUAAACUCAAAGGUGGACAUAGGAAAGAGUCUUCCUUACGUGAUACACCUCAGUAUAUCCAAAUCAUUGACUCAAAGAAAGCACAAAAUUUAUCAAUUCUCUUGCGAGCAUUAAAUGUGACACUAGAAGAAGUUCGUGAUGCACUACUUGAAGGAAAUGAGCUCCCACCAGAAUUCCUUCAAACCCUGAUGAAGAUGGCACCAACUUCAGAGGAAGAACUAAAACUUAGACUUUUCAGUGGUGGUCUUGCUCAACUGGGUCCGGCUGAUCGGUUCCUGAAAUCUCUGGUUGAGAUUCCAUUUGCUUUUAAACGAAUGGAUGCAUUGCUUUACAUGAGUACUCUUCAAGAAGAACUCGCCACUACCCGAGAGUCUUUCUCAACUUUAGAGGUUGCUAGUAAGGAACUAAGAAACAGUAGACUAUUCCUCAAGCUUCUUGAAGCUGUUCUUAAAACAGGAAACCGAAUGAACGAUGGAACAUUUCGAGGAGGUGCACUUGCAUUCAAACUUGAUACACUAUUAAAACUAUCUGAUGUAAAAGGAGUAGAUGGAAAAAUCACACUCUUACACUUUGUUGUUCAAGAGAUAAUCCGAACCGAAGGAUUAAGAUCAGCCCGAGUGAUAAAAGAGAGCAGUAGUUUCUCUAGUAUAAAAACCGAGGACCUUCUUGAAGACUUUAAUCAUGAAUCGGAAGACCAUUACCGCGAACUUGGUCUUCAAGUUGUUUCGCGUUUGAGCAGUGAGCUUGAGAAUGUGAAGAAAGCAGCAGCAUUAGAUGCUGAUGGUUUAACAGGAACAACAGCUAGAUUAGGCCAUGGUCUUAUAAAAACAAGAGAUUUCAUAAAAAAAGAGAUGGUGGACAAUUUAGACGGUGAUAAGGGGUUUUACGAGACUGUUAAGGGUUUUGUCGAGCAUGCUGAGGCUGAUGUCACAAAUUUGUUAGAAGAAGAGAAGAAAAUCAUGGCUCUUGUGAAGAGUACUGGUGAUUAUUUUCAUGGGAGUGCAGGAAGAGAUGAAGGGUUAAGAUUGUUUGUAAUAGUACGUGAUUUCUUAAUAAUGUUGGAUAAGGUGUGCAAAGAGAUUCAAAAAGCACCAAAGAAACCAAUAACAAAGAAUGUGAAACAAGAUAAAGAUACUGCUAGUUCUAGAGGUUCAUCAAAGCCAGAAACUCGUCGUCCACCGCCGUCAGAUUUUCGCGAGCGAAUGUUUCCAGCAGUGGUAGAUAGGAGAGUGGAUGAUUUUAGUUCAGAUGAUGACAGUCCAUAGGUUCAAUUCAAGUUGGAAGUUGUACUGUAAUUUUUUUUUUUUCAUCAAAUAGUCAUGUCAUUAAUUACUAUAGCAUUGUUACAUAGACAUGACUAUUUGAUUGCUUACUUGUCUAAUCUUUGAAAAGGGUGAUUGUGUUGUUGAUCAUUGAUAAUUUGAAUGUAUGUAGUAGAGUCAUUGUUGGCUUUCCUUUUGUAGAAAGAUGGUUAAAUUGUGUAUCUUCUUUAAUG